GCAUAGGUCAUUUCUUAAAUACAGUAAGUGUAAAAAAUGUUAUCAGAUGAGCAACAGAUGUGCUGAUCACAACUCAAGCUUCACUUAUUAUUGGUUCUAUCUGGCAGUCCAGCUGUGUUCCUGAUCCUUUUUAAUAUUAUCUGAUGUCUAAGUGACCAGGUACCAACAGGACCUUGGAAAUUAGAGGGAAAAAUAUAUUUGAGUAGUUUAAUUUUAUCAUCAAAAAAGUAUAACCUGUACUUAAAAGGAUUGUUUAAAAACUUUACAUAACAUUCUGUCAUCCCUGCACUAAUGGUAGCAAGCUACGAUGUAGCCACAGCUACCCGGGGGCAGAGUGACGGCAGGGAGGCUCCCAUGCACAGGCGUCACCAGCAGGCAAGGAGGGGAAGUGUCAUACCCAUAUCCAUCGAUGCAACCAUGUUUGUUUUGCUUCAACCUGGCGUUUUUGGUUGACGUCAGCAUGUUACUGCAUUUCAUUGGUUCUAAAUAUUUCUGUAUUUUGAGGUUAAUGCAUCUUUUGGCUUCUGACAAGAUGUAUUUUGGGGAGUUUCUGAUUUCACAAACACAUUCUCGCAACAAUUCUUCUAGCUUGCAAGGUAAGUACUCACUUGGUAUAUAUACCAUGUAAGUACUUAACUUGAAAAACUUAAAGGCCCUAUAUUAUGCAGAAUUAACUUUAUAAACAUUUUAUACCAGUCAGGCUUCAGUUUCCUUGUUUAUGAGGUUUACAAAUGAACUCCUUUCACAUCUCUCGCAUCAUUUCUCCUCCUGUGCGCAAAAUGUGCUGUUUGAAGAUCAAGCUUUAUGAUGUCAUCAGGGGAAAUACGCUGUACAGAGCAGUCUGUAGCGUCCUAUCUGUAAAGCUAUGGCCUUCAUCUAAUGUUUUAUUUUGUGCUCCUGGGCUAUUUUUAUGAACUCUGAAUGGUUGUCAGGAUUGUUGGUUGUCGGGGGCAGCUUUCAGGAGGACAGGGGCAUCCAAAGGGGAAAUCCAAAACAGCUUGUUUAGAAGAGGGUUGAAUAAGAAGACUUUUGGUAAAGAUUGUCUGACUAAUCUGAGGGGAAUUUUCCUGCACAAAUGGCAGGAAUUAAAGUAUUUAAAAGCAUGGGGCCGAUUUACUUCCCCACAGUUGGGCUGACUGCAAGGGAUUCAUGUAGAAUUCCACAGACAAUCUCAAAUGGAGUCCAACUUUCAGCCCGGUUGCAGUAGAUAUUUUUUAACAUAUAUGACAUAUUUUGUAUCGAGUAGAGGUAAAAGUAGAACAUAGCCAAAUUAACAUUUCCAUUUGGGACCCACUUACUUUACAGCCAAACAUAAAUCUGCUUUACAUAUUUUGAUCAAUUAACACUGUUAAACUGUUUUCAAAUGUGUGCUGCUGCAACUGAAAACUGUUUGCUAUCACUUUACUAGUUUUUAAAAUAGUUUUCUACAUUUCAUCUAAAGAGAACAGUUUGGACACUUUACAGUCUCUGAAAAACCAGCAGGGUCUUUGUUUUUCACAAAGGAAGUGAAAAGAGCAGAGGGUUUUUCAGUCAUUCGACGGUUGGACAGGAUGCUGGUAACACCGCUGUGUCUGAUGCUGACCUGUCUGAAGGUCAGCCCUGAUCGGUCCCAAUUCUUCCGCUAUGAAUCCAUCUCCUUAAGCUGUGAGGAUCCUUUGAACUCCACUGACUGGAAGGUAAAGAGGAAUACUUCUGAUAGCGGGGUCAGGCUCUGCUCCUCAGGCUGGGGAUUCGCCUCUUCAGGCUUCAGCUGCAUCAUUGGAAACACCUACCCAACAGACACAGGGGUCUACUGGUGCGAGUCGGAUCGACAGGAACAAAGCAAUGUGGUCAACAUCACCAUAACUGACCGUACAGUGAUUCUGGAGAGUCCUGUGAUGCCGGUGUCAGAGGGAGCUGCUGUGGUUCUGCGCUGUAAAGCUGAGAAAAACUCUUCCGGCCAUGAGUACAACUUCUAUAAAGAUGGCCACAUAAUCAGGAGUAAAACUUCAGGAGAGAUGAUCAUUGUCAGUGCUUCCAGAUCAGAUGAGGGACUCUACACCUGCAGCGCCUCGGGGCUUGGAGAAUCAGAAGGCAGCUGGCUGACAGUUUUGGGGGACUGGAACAAUCAAGAGAUUCAACUCAAACCUGUGACACUCUCUUCCUCAGCUCCACCCACAACCUCAGUUUCAAUCCCUGCUUCCAGACUUUUGUGUCACUUGGUUGUAGGAAUACCUUACCUAAUGUCCACCAUCCUACUCGGGCUCAUAUAUAGGGACAGGAAGAGAGCUGCUCAGAUUAUUGCAGACAGGAGGGAAAAUGUUGAUGUGAUCAUGGAAAGGAUUGUGUGAGUCAUUUCCAGCGCCCGUUGACCAAGGAGAAAGGGGUCUCUGUCUGAUAUAGAUUCAGAGAUUCUGAUGUACAGAAAAAUAUUAGGAUUUCUUUGGUGCUCAAGUAAAUGUUUUUAUAUAUUGUGAUCAGAUUUCAAUGUUGGAGGAAAAUGAUCUUAAUCCAAGUAAGAGUUUGCUUUAUGCUGAAGCAUAUUCUAGAUACAUAAUAUGUGAGAUGAUUGUGAGGAGGAAGUUUGUCUGUGUUUGGGGAAAAAAAAAAAGGUGUUUGUGGUUUUGAUUACAACAUGCUGACACCAGCUUUUUGUUUGGCUCCUACUUUGUUUGUCUCUAUGGACUUUUAUUGUAAGUCUGAGAAUGAUUUUCUAUUUGCUUUAUUCUCCUCUAUUAUAUUUGUUUUUUAUUUUUGAUAGAAAUUGGAGUUUAAUAAACUGACAUACAUCAAAUUUAAUGGUGUGCUUAUUUAGGUCUUUAAAGCUCUGUAGGUCAGCUGUGGUUAGUUUGUUGAAAUUAAGGUUUGUGAGUGUCUUUUCUCAGAAGGCAAGAACGGUUCACCCACAAGUAAGCAGAAUUGGGGUCGGAACCCAUGGCAACCUAAAAUGAAUGAUUGAUACACCUACACUUUCUGCAAACAACAAAGAGGACUAUGUUUUAGUUGGUAUGUGCAGGCUAUUAAUGAUAAACGGUUUGAAGGAAAUAAAGCUGUUGACUUCAGACAUCAAUACCUGCUGUUUUUCCUGCUACUGUAUUCUGGAAUUCAAACACAAUCACCUUUAAGAGUAAUAAUUGAUAAUUUUCUCAUUUUUUACCUUAUCUCUGAAAUAAGUAUUGUCGUAAGCUAUGUGACUGAAACUUAUGUCAAACUUCACAUCUUGAAAACCUUGAACUUAAUUAAUAAAUUACUUAAUUA